GGAAAAAAAAUAAGAGAGGAAAAGAAAGCAGCGCCUUCCUUCGUUCCUUUCAAAAGGCUUGUGAGCUGACAUUUUACCCUAAAACUGGCGAUUAUGUUGAUCCCCGCCCUCAGACCCCUUUUCCGCCUCCAACAAAUCUUGGUCGCCCUUUCAAGCAACACCCACAAAUACAACAGAGCCACCAACCUCGGCAACAGCACCAUCUAUGGAAACCCAUUUUUGAAAUUUCUCUCUACUCUCUCUCAACCCACAGACGCCCUCGCCGUCGGCACGAACCCCAACACAGACAAUUCCGAGGCCGUCGUCGCUCUCUUCAGCCGCUACGGCUUCUCCUCGGCCGACACCACCGCCGUCUUAAGCAAAAACCCCCGCCUCCUUUCCUCAAAGCCCGAGAAGACCCUCGAGCCCAAGCUAGCCUUCCUCUCCAAGAACGGCAUCAGAGGGGUCAAUCUCGCCCGCAUUUUAUCCAAAGACCCUCACGUCCUCAGCCGAAGCAUCGACCGUAGCAUCGCCCCCUGCAUUCGCCUCCUCAAGGGCUUCUUACGCGGCCGAAGCGGCGGCGGCGACGCCACCGGCACCGAGAUCGCCUACCACUUCUCGCUCCGCCACGGCACCCGGGUCCUGCAUCAGUUCUCGGAGGCAAUGGCGCCCAACAUCGAGACCUUGCAAUCCCACGGCGUUCCCCGGGAGAACAUUGAGAGAAUGCUAGCGAUCCGACCGAGGACCCUCGCCCGCGACGUUGCGGAGUUCGCGGAGAUUGUGAAGACGGCGAAGGAGAUUGGCCUCGACACCUCCUCCAUGGGGUUCAUCCGCGGCGUCGUCGCUCUCUCCGGGAUGAAGAAGGAGAAGUGGGAAUCGAAAAUCGAGGUUUUCAAGAGCCUGGGAUGGUCCGACGAGCAGGUUCGGGCGCUGAUCAUCAAGCAGCCGCGAACUAUGGACGGCUCCGCCGAGCGCCUGAGGAAGAGCUUGGAGUUUUUGAGCGAGGAAUUGGGUUGGGGUCCUGAUCAGAUUUUGAUAUACCCUGUUACGAUUAUGCUUAGCUUGGAGAAAAGGAUGGUGCCGAGAUAUACCGUGAUGAAGAAAUUGAUAGAGAAGGGCGUUUUCGACAAGAAGAGAUUGGGGAAGGUUUUUUAUAUGGCGGAGGACAAGUUUGUGAAGAAAUAUGUGGAGUUCUAUUCCAAAGACAUUCCUCAGCUUUUGGACUUGUACCAAAACAAGGUUCAAAGUUAAUGCAGUUGGGAAUUUUUGAGAUCCGACGGAGAUAAAAUUUGACUUACCGGUACGUUGAUGCCAAAGAAAGUCCCUUUUAAAAAUU